GUCAAGGAUGAACCUGCUGGCGAUGCUCGAACUAGUCGACGUGCUUUGUGUGACUUGCGGCUCCCCAUCUUGCUAGAAGGCCCCCCUUUAUUUCUCUCUCCUGCUUGAUCAGGAAGCUAGAUAGGCACUCAAACUUCCGGGGUGUGGGGACUGCGACACUGACACCUGAGCCCGCCAUGACUGUCCAAUACUGAAGCUGCUCCCAUUUUCUCUUCCGGGAUUUUCUCUUUCGGCAUUCUGGCCCUUGAUCCUGCAAUUUAUCCAUGAGAAAAUCCUUCUUUUCCAGAACAUAUUUGUUGUCUGUGUGUUGCUGCAUCUCCCCACUGUUAUUCUUGAUUCUUGAUUCUUGAUCCCUCUCUUCUGGCCCAUUCUGCUCCGGUAUGGGCUCAGCUUCACAGUGCAAUUCUUUUCAUGUCGGACGAAAGCACGGCCAUCUACAAUGGUCGAAGAGUCUCCCUCCAGUCUUGACCGUCUCGUCGGGGGACCAGGUCUCCUUCGAUGCCAUUGACAGCAGCAAUGGCCAGAUUGGACCAAUGUCCGAUGCGUCAACUAUCACCUCGCUGGACAUUAGCAUCGCGAACCCUGUUUUCGGCCCGGUGUUUGUGGAAUCGGCAGAGCCCGGUGACGUGCUCAAGGUCGAGAUCUUGGGAUUGGAAGUUGCCGACUGGGGAUGGUCGGCCAUCAUCCCGGGGUUUGGGCUGCUGGCCGACGAGUUUCCAGAUCCAGCACUGAAUAUCUGGAAACUGGACGAGGGUCGAGGAUGCACGACGUUCAAAGACAAAGUUCGAAUACCGCUGCGGCCGUUCCUGGGAUGCAUGGGCGUGGCCCCUGCAACCGACGAUGAUCUUUCUACCAUCCCCCCGACAGCGGCUGGGGGUAACAUGGAUUGUCGAGACCUGACUGUUGGGUCAGUUGUUUACUUUCCGGUGCACACUCGCGGGGCCCUGUUUAGCUGCGGCGACGGCCACGCCGCACAAGGACACGGGGAGGUCUGCGGGACAGCGAUCGAGACCGUGGUCAAGGCGACGCUCCGACUGGAAGUAUGCAAGAACCAGCCGUGGGUGACGGCACCUCAAUACCAAACACCACCGAAAGCGAUGAUGCGGAAUCCGAUUCCCGACCACGGCCACUACGCGGCAAUGGGGAUCGAUGCGAGCCUGCCCGAGGCCAGCAAGAAAGCCGUCCGAAACAUGAUACAAUGGCUGGUGGCCACCAAGGGACUCAGCCGGAGCGAGGCAUACAUACUGGUUAGUAUUGUGGGAGAUCUCCAGAUUGCUGAGGCGGUCAACAUGCCCAAUUACACGGUCUCAAUGUCUCUUCCACUGGGGAUAUUCUGCCCAACACCGGUGUCGGUGAUAUGAUACGAGAAACGAUUUAGCGGUGUUUUAUCUUUGGUUUGGUUAGUUUUAUUGGUUUGUUCAGCCUUUUGGUUCCUAUCGAAUGGUUAUCCUGCACAUGCCCUUUGUUAGUCGAUACCCCUUUGUGUUCCAUUGGCGAUAUAGCAGUCUAGUUAAUGAUUACUGCAUGAUCAAGAUCUUGCUUACUGUUAGACAUGUGGGAUAAUCGUUCUCCACCCUUCGUUAAAUAAGCUGCACACUAUACCGGCAUUAAAUCCUGCCUAGCAAUACGAGAUCUCCUAUCGAUAACUGAUGAACUCUUAGUCAUUAUCAUCUUUACCAGCAAGAUAGAGGUAUUGUCCCUCCCUAUGGUAAAAUCCAAUCUAAUAAUAU